GAACUCUCACGAUCGGCGACGACGUUCCAAUUUCUGUACGUGCUCUAUGCGAACUGGGCUGCAGGCGAGCUGCGAAACCUGCAGUGAGUGGACCAGUCAUGGGGACUAGUUUCGUGAUGGCGAUACUCUAGCUGCUGCUACUGCUGGUGUCCCUGCUCCGUCCUUUCCUCCUUGUCUUCAGGUUCCUGCUGCUAUGUCCUCUUCUUCUGCUGCCACGUCCUCUCCUUCUGCUGCUACGUCCUUUUCUUCUGCUGCCACGUCCUCUCCUUCUGCUGCUACGUGCUUUUCUUCUGCUGACACGUCCUCUCCUUCUGCUGCUACGUCCUUUUCUUCUGCUGCUACGUGCUUUUCUUCUGCUGCCACGUCCUCUCCUUCUGCUGCUACGUCCUUUUCUUCUGCUGCUACGUCCUUUUCUUCUGCUGCCACGUCCUCUCCUUCUGCUGCUACGUCCUUUUCUUCUGCUGCCACGUCCUCUUCUUCUGCUGCCACGUCCUCUCCUUCUGCUGCUACGUCCUUUUCUUCUGCUACCACGUCCUCUUCUUCUGCUGCCACGUCCUCUCCUUCUGCUGCCACGUCCUCUCCUUCUGCUGCCACGUCCUCUCCUUCUGCUGCCACGUCCUCUCCUUCUGCUGCCACGUCCUCUCCUUCUGCUGCUACGUCCUUUUCUUCUGCUCCUGCUGCUCCGUCGUCUCCUUACCGUGAGAAAGUGAGGUGACAUGUGCCCGCGCGCGCCACGAAAACAUUAAAUACCUCCGGACAUUCAAGUUAUACAGUGCCGGAAAACUGAUCAUAGAUAUCACCAAGUUUAUUACGACAUUCAAACAAAAUACGGUGAUUGAUAUUGAAACUUUGUUACAAAAUCAAUCCCCCUUAUAACUCACCCAUUUGCUUCUUGUAAAUGAGGAAGGAGUAGUUCGGACAAAAUCCAACAGCCAAAUAUAUAGCUCGGGACAUAUAACAUUCUCUGUAACUGGCUGACACUAUAAUUAUAAGGUGUGUGAAGGAUAGAUGAAUUUGUUAAUGUAAUAAUCUCCGUUAAGGUCUGAUAAAAGACCUUUUGUGC